ACACUAUCCAUUCACAUUAAAAUAGAAUUUCUACAGUGUCCAGCACAGAGAUUUUAAAUAAAUGUGGUCGGCACUCCUUAGUCACUGUUGCCAUCUUCACUCUCUCCAUCUCUCGUUUUCAUCAACCUGUAAGGAAAUGCAAACAGCUUGGAAUCAGGAGCUAUAGACUGUGAAUGAAAAAUGCAAACAACCUGGAAUCAAGAGCUACAUACGGUAAAUGAGUUGUCUCAUUUAAUCUCCACUGCAUCCACUCCUAGAGAAGCUUGGAAAAUUUCUCCACCUUUAAAAUAAAAUGGAGGGUAGAGGCCUUGCCUUAAAAAGCUGAAUGAAAUCUCCAUCACUCCACUCGGCUGCCCCUUGCUGACUUUGUGGAAAGAAGCCUGCGUGCACAAUUGCUGGAGGAAGAAAUUAGAAAAAAAACUGGGCAGGCUUUUCAUUGCCUCAACCCUUCAUAUUCCAAUCCUACAGAAAUGAUGCUCCAACUAACUAAAACUGGACAGAGAAGAGUGGAGAUAAUUUAAGAUAUGCUGAUUUCCUUCCUUUUAUUGCUGGGUGCCAAACAAUACCUCUCAAAGAUGAUACACGUCACAGCACACCAAGAAAGGGGGAACUUCCAGUGUCUGUGGUAACAUCACUUGAUAAACAGACUCCUUUAAACAGCAAGUGCCUGUCUGCAAUCUACUAUAUAAAGCAGCAGAGACGUUGACUAGCGCAUAUUUGCUAAGAGCACCAUGUGCGCAGCAGCCAUCUCCACUCCAAAGUUAGACAAAAUGCCAGGAAUGUUCUUCUCUGCUAACCCAAAGGAAUUGAAAGGAACCACUCAUUCACUUCUAGACAACAAAAUGCAAAAAAGGAGGCCAAAGACUUUUGGAAUGGAUAUGAAAGCAUACCUGAGAUCUAUGAUUCCACAUCUGGAAUCUGGAAUGAAAUCUUCCAAGUCCAAGGAUGUACUUUCUACUGCUGAAGUAAUGCAAUGGUCUCAAUCUCUGGAAAAACUUCUUGCCAACCCAACUGGUCAAAAUGUCUUUGGAAGUUUCCUAAAGUCUGAAUUCAGUGAGGAGAAUAUUGAGUUCUGGCUGGCUUGUGAAGACUAUAAGAAAACAGAGUCUGAUCUUUUGCCCUGCAAAGCAGAAGAGAUAUAUAAAGCAUUUGUGCAUUCAGAUGCUGCUAAACAAAUCAAUAUUGACUUCCGCACUCGAGAAUCUACAGCCAAGAAGAUUAAAGCACCAACCCCCACGUGUUUUGAUGAAGCACAAAAAGUCAUAUAUACUCUUAUGGAAAAGGACUCUUAUCCCAGGUUCCUCAAAUCAGAUAUUUACUUAAAUCUUCUAAAUGACCUGCAGGCUAAUAGCCUAAAGUGACUGGUCCCUGGCUGAAGGGAAUUAAAAGAUAGUAUCAAGUGCAGAAGGAAUGUGCCAGUGUGGCUCCCUGGGUGAACAGCUUGGCCUUUUUUGGGUGUCUUGACAGGCCAAGAAGAACAAAUGACUCAGAAUGGAUCAACAUGAAAGUUAUCCAGGCGCAGAGUUGAAGAAGCGUAAGCAAGACAAAAACAGAGAGACCGUAGAAGGAAGAAGAUACUGUGGUACUGUCAUAAAAAACAGUGGAGCUCUGUAUUAGAAAGCCCCUCGGAACUGGGAAGGCCAGGUAACUCUAGUUACACAGAAACUGUGACUAAAGGCUAUGAAACUGAUUACAACAGACUGUAAGAAUCAAGGUCAACUGACAUCUAUGCUACAUAUUAUUAUAUAGUUUGUACUGAGCUAUUGAAGUCCCAUUAACUUAAAGUAUAUGUUUUCAAAUUGCCAUUGCUACUAUUGCUUGUUGGUGUUAUUUUGUUUUAUUGUUUUUGACUUUGGAAGAGAUUAACUGUGUAUUUAACUUAAGCUACUGCUCUUAAAACCAGGGAGUCAGAAUAUAUUUGUAAGUUAAAUCAUUGGUGCUAAUAAUAAAUGUGGAUUUUGUAUUAAAAUAUAUAGAAGCAAUUUCUGUUUACAUGUCCUUGCUACUUUUAAAAACUUGCAUUUAUUCUUCAGAUUUUAAAAAUAAAUAAUUCAAAUAAGA